UUUAUUUAAAAUGUUAAAAACUAUUAUGUUUAGCUUACUAUUUUUUCUUUUUAUUUUUAAAUUUAUUUUUGGUUUGGAAAAAAUCAGAAAGUGUUCAUGUGUAGAGCAAUACAAUUGUUUUGAUAACAUGAAAGAGGAUGUAGGUGAAUGCUUUGAUGAAUGUAUUGAUAGGGCUGGACUCGAAACUGAAGUAAAUGAAUCGAAUUGUAUGCCAAUGCGUAAAAGAAUCCUUUACAGUUAUUAUAGCUGUAUUCACAGUGAAACGAGUAUGAACCAAAGUUGUGCAUGGACAAGCGACGAGCAAAAAGUCGAAUUUCGCGAUUUUGACGCAAUAUUUCUUCGUCUUAUUCGUCCAAUCGCUGACAGAGAAUAUCAACAUUUAGAGUUGCUUUCUUAUGGAACCGAUCUUCCUUUUGUGAGACGCACAAUUUCAAUAGAAAAAUGCUCACGUGAAUGUGGAAUGAAAAAACUUAAAAAUUUGCUAUGCUUUAGUCAAAGAAGGUGCGGUCUUUAUGUUAAUGAAUUUGGACUUGGCGAAAUAAUGGAAAAAUGUGAACAACAAAUGAAUUUAAAAGAUAGAUUUGCUGAAGUCUGUGAUUGUUUUACGAAAAGUGGAGCUAGUGAGAUCGCCCCGUUUUGUGCCAAAAUUCGAACAAAACAAUUUCCUUAA